AUGGCGCCUCACAACAAUAAUCCAAGCGUGGUGCUCGUCACCGGCGCGAGCGGCUAUAUCGCGUCCCAUUGCGUCAAGCUGCUGUUAAAUGAGGGAUAUACGGUUCGGGGCACUGUGCGCUCGCUGAAGAACCCGAAAAAAGUCGACCCGAUCAAGAAGUUGGACCAGGAUGGGCAGCUCGAGCUCGUUGAGGCCGACUUGAUGGAUGCGGAUUCGUGGCCAGAAGCUGUCCGGGGUUGCGACUACGUGCUCCACGUUGCUUCUCCAUUCCCAAUCGUUGCUACAGAGGAGACCAUCAAGACAGCGAUUUCUGGGACUCUAAAUGUGUUAAAGGCCUGCCAAAACGAGCCGAGCGUGAAGAAAGUUGUCCUCACCUCGAGUUGUGCCGCUGUAAAUGAAGGCAACGACCCCCUCCUCACCUACGACGAGACGAGCUGGACGAACGUCGACAGCCCGGCCGUCGAUUUCUACGCGAAGAGCAAGACUCUCGCCGAAAAGGCGGCCUGGGAAUUUGUUGAUAAUAUUAAGGAGGGAAACAAGUUCAAGCUGACCACCAUCAAUCCCACUCUGGUCGUUGGGCCGCCACUUAUUGACGAGCAGGGCGCUAGUAUUACCGUUAUUCGGCGAUUCUUGAACGGCGAGAUGCCGGCUGUACCUGCGUUGUCUUUGGCUCUUGUUGAUGUUCGAGACGUUGCAAAGGCCCACGUCGAAGCCAUGCACCGCCCGGAAACCGACGGUGAGCGCAUCCUCUGCACCGCCCAGCCCUCCUUCUGGUUCCGGGAUAUCGCCCGGGUUUUGGGAAAAGAGUUCAGACACCAAGGUUAUUGGGUGCCCCGCUACCAAGUACCCUAUUUUGUGAUCUACAUUUAUUCCUUCAUCGACGCGCAGGCGGCCGCCAUUUUGAACCGCGUCGGCUUCAAGGUGUUGUUCAGCAACGAGAAGGCCAAACGCCUGCUCGGCCUCGAAUUCCGUGACCCCUCCGAUUCCCUCGCCGAAAUGGCCUACCACCUCAUCGAACGUGGCAUCAUUCGGAAAAAGCCCGGCUACACCGGCAUCCCCGACAAGUACAAGCUCGCGUUG